UAACGUGAAUGUUUUUUUUCCCCCAACCGUCUCCUUCUGCAUCCUCUCCUUGAAGGGAACUUUAUGCCCAGUUCUUGAAGGAAAUGAUUAUCCAGCCAGGAAUAGCUAAAGCUGAACUCGGAGUCUUCAGAGAGGAUGUCACCUUGGAGGACCAUCCGCUGAAUCCCAACCCAAACAGCCAGUGGAACACAUACUUCAAGGACAACGAAGUCCUGUUGCAAAUCGACAAGGAUGUCCGGCGACUGUAUCCCGAUAUGGCUUUCUUCCAGCGCCCGACAGAGUAUCCUUGUCUGUUGAUCCUCGACCCCCAGAACGAAUUUGAGACCCUUCGCAAGCGGGUGGAACAGACCACCCUCAAAUCGCAGACGGUGGCACGGAACCGGAGUGGAGUAACUAAUGUGAGCUCCCCUCUUAAGGCUCCGGUGCUGAGCGAAUACGAAGUUCUCCCUGAUGGCUCAGAAGCCCACUGGGAAGUUGUGGAACGGAUCCUGUUCAUUUACGCAAAGCUGAACCCCGGAAUUGCCUACGUCCAAGGGAUGAACGAAAUUGUGGGGCCCCUCUAUUACACCUUUGCGACAAACCCCAAUAGCGCUUGGAAAGAGCACGCCGAGGCGGACACCUUCUUCUGCUUCACCAACCUCAUGUCCGAGAUCAGGGACAACUUCAUCAAGAGCCUGGAUGACUCCCAGUGUGGGAUCACCUACAAGAUGGAGAAGGUUUACGUCAUCCUGAAGGAGAAAGACAGGGAGCUCUACAUGAAGCUGCAAGAGCAAAACAUCAAGCCUCAGUUCUUUGCCUUCCGCUGGCUAACCCUGCUGCUCUCCCAGGAGUUCCUGCUGCCUGACGUCAUUCGCAUCUGGGACUCCCUCUUCGCCGAUGACAGUCGCUUCGACUUCCUCCUGCUCGUCUGCUGCGCCAUGUUGACGCUCAUUCGGGGUCAACUACUGGAAGGGGAUUUUACUGUAAAUAUGCGGCUUUUGCAGGACUACCCUAUCUCGGAUGUCCACCUGAUUCUGAAGACGGCAAAGGAUCUUCAGGAGUCUAAGUAGCUCACCCAUCCAAAGGUUCAGCAGAGGUGAUGGCCGCUUGUCUCCUCUGGGAAGCACCUCUGAAGGAAGUCACCUUUAGCUUGGCCAGCGUCCGGUUCCUCUCUUCCAAAAUGACUCCUCCUUGCCACAUCUUUUUGGCCAAGGGACUCUUAAGGAGAUGAUCUACAAGGCGCCUCCAGAAGUGGCCCAAGAAGCAGGACCCACCUGGAAUUGGACUCGAUGGGAAAGAACCAACCCUUUUGGGAACUUCUUCUGCAAGAAGCCACCAAAAACCAACCUUCUCCAUCGUAGUGUUGGGAUAAGUUCCUCCCAGUCGCUCUCAAAUCUUUAGCCUUCUUUGUUAGAUUCCUUCCUUCCUUCCUUCGUUUGGAGGCCAGCUGUUCUGGGAAGCUUGAAAGAAAAGAGAAAAUUUGGAACGAUUGCUGGAAAGGCCUCCUUACCUACUGCCUUAGAGUAGACUUAUUUCCUCCAUGGCUGAAACGUGGAAUUGUCUAGAUGGGGAUGUACAAACGCAGAACAACACUCUCGCUGCUGAGCUUAGACUUUCAGCCGUUGCGUGUCCCUACUGCCUCUGCUUUGUCAGUGCUCUGCUAUGAAUGAUAAAUUAUUUUCCCCCCCCCAAAAAAAUUGGUAAAAGCCUAUCCUUGCCCAAUAAAGAGUUUCCUGCGAGCCAGAAUAACUAAUAAUUUAAACGCAGAAGUCUUGCUCUGCUAGUUUUCUGCUUGCAGGGAGAAUUUUCCCCCCUCCAAGGGAACAUGGACGCAAAGUGAUUAUUCUAGCAAUGAAAAAAGAAUUUUGAUUAUUUUUCAGAACUCUUACUGUGUUAACAACGUGCUAUUCUGGAUUAGUUUGAGUUCCCAAAAGCUAAUUAGGCUUUUGUGACAUUUGAGGAGGUAACUUUCGUUUUCCUCUAGUUAAAUUCAAUGUAAUAUGUGAGGUUUGUUGAUUUUGGGGGGAGAGGGAAUGCUAUUAUCUUGAAUAUAAGGUGGAAAUUAGAGGUUCGAUGUGGCUGAGCAAAGCAAGACUUCCUUUUUCCUUGGUUUUGAUGCCAAUCGGAGAAUUUUCAUUUUAAAAUCGUUUUCAAACAGCCCCGAAGACGUCACGUUUUAUGCUGUGCUUAAAGAGGAUUUAAAAUAAGAAUUCUGCUUUUUCCAAGGACAAUGUGGGAAAGAUUAUUUCUGUCAUCCUUCCUGCUUCCUUCCACUCCCGAUUUUGCAACAGGAAAUAUCCCCGGGGUCCAUUUUAUGGCUUUUUUUUGAUAAUGCAUGAUGGAACCAGAAACCAGGAAACGGUAUCAAAACAUUUCUAAAUUUAUACGUCAAUAAACUGUAACCCUAAUGGAACCUCACUGCAGGAAAUGCAUUUUUGCUUUCUUACAAAAGGAAGAAAAUUAGCAGGAACCAUGGAGUUUCAAAAAUUAUGUUCCCUCAUUAUUACGUAUUAUCUUGAUGGAGGGAAAUAGUAAGGAGUAUGUUGGGCACUUUUGAAGGCUGCCUGAAAAUUAGCCUUACAGCUUUUAUACAGCAUAACCACUGCCAAAUCCUGUAGCUUAGUUUCCUGCCUCCUUCCGCAGAACAAACUUAAAAAGACACAGAAAUGCAAAACUUGCACAAACAGUGAAACAGCCGCUUAGCAUUUGACAUUCCCAGUAGAAAGGAGAAAAAGAAAAAAAAAUAUUGCUCUUCUCCCAAAAUGCGUUUUAGGUUUCUUGCAAGACAGAAAUGAUGGCUGUCUUCAACCCUUCUUUUUUUUUUUUUCAUCUUUUGCUGGAUAAUUUCUUUUUCUUUUUUAAAAAAUUUUUGAUUGGCAGCCACUUAUCGGAUGGGAUGUGCGAUACGUAGCAACUGUUUUUUUGGAUGGCCUAAAAAUUGUUCUCCGUCGGUUAAAUGGAAUGUAAAAAAAAAAUGUUCGGAUUAUGAUAUUUAAAAUGUGUUGCAAUGAAGGGACGAAAAAUGUUUGUGUGUGUGUGUGUGUGCAUAAAAAAUUCCAGUUUCUUCCAUAUUGAGGUAGCACACACCGUAGGUCAAGGUUUUUACACACCCAUGCACACCAUCCCACAAAACUGCUUAGAAUCAUUGAGCCUAUUGUUACUUCCAAGUUUAGUGUGUAAAAAUGCUUUUGUGACUCUCUUUGGCAGCGCUCUCUUGCGCAAAGAGAUAAAUAUGUUUGCUUUUCUUGGCAGAUAUAAUAGAUCGGAUCGACUCAAUUUUGCUGCCAUUUUAUGUCGCUCUCCUGGCAAAUCUAGCUUUCAUUCUUUAAUUUUUUUACAUAUUCCACAACUUUCUGAAAUAUUAGCUUUUUUAUUUCUACUGCCUACAUUGGCUUCCCGCUUUGAGCAUCACAUGUAAGAUUAUGUAAAAAAAAAAUGUUCGGAUUAUGAUAUUUAAAAUGUGUUGCAAUGAAGGGACGAAAAAUGUUUGUGUGUGUGUGUGUGUGCAUAAAAAAUUCCAGUUUCUUCCAUAUUGAGGUAGCACACACCGUAGGUCAAGGUUUUUACACACCCAUGCACACCAUCCCACAAAACUGCUUAGAAUCAUUGAGCCUAUUGUUACUUCCAAGUUUAGUGUGUAAAAAUGCUUUUGUGACUCUCUUUGGCAGCGCUCUCUUGCGCAAAGAGAUAAAUAUGUUUGCUUUUCUUGGCAGAUAUAAUAGAUCGGAUCGACUCAAUUUUGCUGCCAUUUUAUGUCGCUCUCCUGGCAAAUCUAGCUUUCAUUCUUUAAUUUUUUUACAUAUUCCACAACUUUCUGAAAUAUUAGCUUUUUUAUUUCUACUGCCUACAUUGGCUUCCCGCUUUGAGCAUCACAUGUAAGAUUAUGUAAAAAAAAAAGAAUUGAUGGGGAAAAGAUAGAAUAAGGUAAAAAAAGUUGCCUGUGAAGUACGUAGAGAUAGGUAAGAAGGAUCUUGAGUCAAGAGUGAUUUCAGAAAUAUGUAAUUUGUAUAGUAAAUUCUCUACAGCUCUUUGUCAAUCUGUAUUUUUUUUCUUAGUUCUAUAUUUUGGGAACAGUAGAAAUACGUGCUGCUUAAAUUAUUCUUUUAAUUGAAUAGAGAGCAGUUGCCAAUAUGAAACAGGGUAUUUUUGUGUUUUGCUUUUCAAUCCUUUGGGCAACACCAUCUGUGAUUUUUCUGCCGGAUUGGUCAAAAUCUUGACCAGCUUUUGACUGGGGAAAGAUUCUACCCACGUGUAAAAGUUUUAUGCGUGUAAAAGUUUUGCACUAGCAAAUUGGUUCUAGCCAGCACAUCAGUUCCCAGAGCGUUCUUUAGCUUUUCAGCAUCGCUCAAUUUCUUUUUUUUUUUCUUUUUGUUUCUUAAAUAAAUAUUCUCCUUUGUAAAACCUGACUGGACUUUC